GUGUGUGUGUGUGUGUGUGUGUGUGUGUGUGUGUGUGUGUGCUACUUGAAGCACAGAGAUGGGCUCGGUGGGAGCGGAGCGCCGCAGGCCCACACCGGUCCAGAUGCCCGAGGAGAGGGAUGUGUGGAGGGAUGGAGGAAGAGCUGGAUGGCGGGAUGGAGGGAGGGAGGUCUGGAGGGAGGGCAGAGAGAGCGGCGUGGUGCAGAGCUACAGUUUCGACUCGUACCAGCUGGAGGAGGAGGAGAUUAGUAAAGACGCCCCGGAGCGAGGAGUGCUGGCGCUGUCCGAGCCCGACUUUGAGGAGCCGAUCCCUGACGACCGUUACCAUGGCAUCUACUUUGCAAUGCUAUUGGCUGGCGUGGGUUUCCUGCUCCCCUACAACAGUUUCAUCACUGACGUGGACUACCUGCACCACAAGUUUGAAGGGACGUCCAUAGUGUUCGACAUGAGUCUGACGUACAUCAUGGUGGCUCUGCUGGCCGUCAUCCUCAACAACGUGCUGGUGGAGAGACUCAGCUUGCACACCAGAAUCACUGUGGGUUACAUAUUUGCUCUGGGGCCGCUGGUCUUUGUCAGUGUGUUUGAUGUGUGGCUGGCCAAGUUCACCACCAGGCAGGCUUACAUCGUCAACCUCGUGUCAGUGGGAGUGGUGGCCUUUGGAUGUACAGUGCAGCAGUCUAGUUUCUAUGGUUACAUGGGGAUGCUGCCCAAGAGGUACACACAGGGGGUGAUGACUGGAGAGAGUACAGCAGGUGUGAUCAUCUCCCUGUCGCGCAUCUUCACCAAGCUGCUGAUCCCCGACGAGAGGAGGAACACGCUCAUCUUCUUCCUCGUCUCCAUCAGCAUGGAGAUGCUCUGCUUCCUGCUCCACCUGCUGGUCCGCCGCUCUCAGUUUGUCCGCUACUACACCAACCACGCCCAAGGCAAAGGUCCGGUCAAAGGACACGACCCGCACGACAGCGGGACAGGAUACCGAGUUCACCACGAUGUCACCGCAGAGGAAGUAAGAUUUGGAAAUGGUGGGACAGCACCGACGCCUUCAGAGGAAGUCAUUGAGGACUUUGAGGGAGGGACUUACGUGCGAUUCGAUGCCCCAAAAGCCAAGAUAAGGAGGAGCUGGCCUGGUGUCCGCGACAUGGUCUUGCAUCGUUACGUGGUGUCCCGUGUGAUCUGGGCCUACAUGCUGUCUAUAGCGGUGACCUACAGCAUCACCUUGUGCCUGUUUCCCGGGCUGGAGUCAGAAAUACGAAACGCCACCUUAGGAGAGUGGCUGCCCAUCCUCAUCAUGGCCACCUUCAACAUGUCGGACUUCGUUGGCAAGAUCCUUGCAGCGCUGCCGUACGACUGGUCCGGAGGCCGCCUGCUCUUCUUCUCCUGCCUGAGGGUGGUCUUCAUCCCUCUGUUUGUCAUGUGCGUGUACCCGGCCAACGCGCCCACCCUGUCCCACCCCGCCUGGCCCUGUCUCUUCUCCCUCCUCAUGGGAGUCACCAACGGCUACUUCGGGUCUGUGCCGAUGAUCCAGGCUGCGGGCAAAGUGCCGCCCGAACAGAGGGAGUUGGCAGGGAACACCAUGACAGUCUCCUAUAUGACCGGCCUGAUGGUGGGCUCCGCCGUGGCGUACGCAGCUUACAGCUUCGCUGCCCCAGGACCAGGAACACACGUCAACGCACUCAACAUGCACACACAUGCCAACGCUACCGGGUACUGAAUGUCCACACACACACAAUAAAACACACUCACGGAUAUAAACACAAAUACAUGCACACACACUCGCAGCCUUUUCCAAACACAAGAUCCUGGCCAGGAGAAGCAGCGUAGACUGGUGGACUCGAGUCCAGCUGUGGAGGACGAAAAGACAUCCGUAAAGAACUCUUUAAAUGUUCAUACUCUGAGAGAUGUAUUCUUUGUCCAGAUCGUGCUUCAAUGUGGCUCACUGGAUAAACAAAGUGGAAUAAGAUACAAAAAAAUGGAGGAAAUGAUGUUAAACCGUAAAAACGUAGCCCAUUUCUCCACCUUGUCAUUCUCCAGCCUGGUGGUCCACUGACCAUCAAAUGUCACGGCUGUCUCUGCUGUGAUGAACUUUUCCCGGGAGGUGAAGAACAGGAGCUGGACAUCUGUCAACAGAAGCCCUUAGAGUGUCUCACAGUGAAGUUAUCGUCUGCAUGUGUGUGCUAACAGACCGGCUGACAUUUGUACCGUGUAAAGUCAAGUGGUUUUUCGCUGCAGGGAACGAACGGUUCACAGUUUUCGAGGAGACCAUGUGUCACAUUUCACAUUGUUGAUAUUCAGAGUAGAGAGACGAUGCCACUGAGGAUUUUUCUGGACCAGUUGUUUUCCAGCUGUUUCCUAAUUAUAAUCCCUGACAACCUCUGACUGCACCAUUUUAAAAACUACAACAAGAGCAACUUAUAGGCCCGAUUUACUUCACAGUGAAACAGAAGCUCCUGUAGUGUGACAUAUGUGCGAGUAUAAUCGAAUAGCUAUGUGGAAUUAUGAGACGGAAAUCCAGUCGCCCCAAAUCACAUCUGAUUGGAUAUGUUUAAGUCCACUUGAGUUCAAGAGUCAUCAAACAUAUUCUAAUCAUUUAUAGGAAGAGCAAAGAUUUGAUAUAAAAUUCUCCAAAAUGAUAUUUUUCACAUGUACAGUAUUGAGCGCAGAAGAAGUGAUAACUGUUGACAUUGCAACACAGAAAUAGAACUUGGAGAAUCAGUUUUUAUUUUUAUUUUACUGUGCCUUAUAAGGAAUUACAGUUUUCUAAUUAAUGACAUACACGAUGCUGUCAACACUUGAUUUCCUCUGAGUUGUUAAGUUAUUUCAAUUCAACAAAAAUCCAUCCUUUUUGUCAACAGUAGACGCGUCAACUGGACUUUAUCUCAAUUGACUUCCCCCACCAAAAUGUACUGAGAUCGUCCCAGUCCAUCUGGUUUGUCUCCACUCAGAAUCUGAAUUACAAAAGUGUCAGUUGUAUUUAUUUUCAAUGAUGAAGAACAUUAUUCUUAUCAGCCUUAUAAAGUAUAUCUGGAAAAAAAAGAAUAAUGUUAAAACUAUAUGGAGUUAUUAUGAUUAUGUGCAUUAGCAGCUGCUGUUCUCUGUUCUGUUUAUUUACAAUAAUGCUAAAAGAAAAAGAAGAAUUUCCAUCUGUUUGGUUUGGGUUCCACAUCACUUCUUGUUCCCUCUGAUGGAUGGAAAGAGAACAAAGUGUUGGUAUAAAUGUACCAGAUGAGGUAGCAUGAUGAUAGCUGUGUCUUGCAGUUUGUGUCCCCUCUCUGUCCAUAUGAACGGUGUCUGUGUGUAACAUCUGUGUAAUGAUGUGGGAUAUUUUGGGGGAAAACAUAUAUGUGCCAAAAAGUCUGCCUGUUUCUGAUCAGUGUUAGGACCUGAGAAAAGAGAGAAUGUAAUUCUGUGGACAGUUUAACAGGAUGAAAGUUGUAAAUAUAUAGAAUGAAAUGCA